AUGUCGACCCCAGAGGAGACGAAGGCCACAAGCUCACAACGGUCCAGGUCAUCAUUGAUUGGUGUGUUCAAAGAAGUAUUCAACUGGUACCCGUCUGAGUACCCAGUGGAAGAGAAAAAACUUCUCCUCAAGCUCGACAUUUCCAUCCUCGUGUUUGCCUGCUUGUGCUUCUUUGUCAAAUAUCUAGACCAAACAAACAUCAGCAAUGCCUACGUGAGCGGGCUGAAAGAGGACUUCAACCUCAACGGAAAUGAACUCAAUUACUUCAACGUCUGCUACACAACAGCAUAUGUGGUAUUCCAGGUACCCGGCAUGCUGCUCAUGUCGCGGCCGAAGCUGGCCCGGUGGCUGCUCCCGACGCUCGAGAUCCUCUGGGGCAUCAUAACCUUCGCCCAGAGCCGCGUGACAAACGUCCACCAGCUGUACGCGCUGCGGUUCCUGGUCGGCAUGUUCGAGGCCCCCGUCUUCGCAGGGACGCACUUCAUCCUCGGGUCCUGGUACAGCGGGCCCGAGCUGUUCCGGCGCGCGGGCACCUGGUUCAUCUGCAACCCGCUCGGGUCCAUGAUCAGCGGGUACCUGCAGGCCGCGGCGUACAAGAACCUCUCUGGCGUCGGGGGCAUGGCGGGGUGGAGGUGGCUGUUUAUCAUUGACGGCAUCUUCACGAUCCCCGUUGCGCUGCUGGGCUAUGUCGUCUUCCCCGGGAUCCCGGACUCGCCGAGGCCGUUCUACCUCACCGAGGACGACACGAGGCUUGCCAAGAGCCGCCUGGAGAAGUUCCGGAUCCGAAGGCCUGGGAAGCUGAACCUGGACACAUUCAAGCGGACGCUGAGCCGCUGGCACAUCUGGAUAUUCGUGUUCUGCUACAUCUGCAUGAUCAUAUCAUCAUACCCUUCGCAGUACAUGAACCUGUGGUUGAAAGCCGAGGGCUACAGCACGGUGAAAGUCAACGAACUGCCCACCGGGACGUAUGCCAUCACCGCCGUUGCGUCCUGGCUCGGCGCGACUCUGGCAGCUAUCUACCCGUCCUGGGCCAUCUACAGCAUUGAGACCACAUGCGUUCUCUUUUCUACCAUAUGCAUGAUCGUCUGGAAUAUCCCGAAGCCUUUGAAAUUCUUUGCUUGGUACUUAUUCGGCGUGUCCGGCUGUGCCAGUCCGAUCCUAUACUCCACCGUCAACUCCAUCGUGAGGGAUGAUUCCGAGGAACGAGCCAUCAUCAUGGGAUCUAUGAUGACCUUUGGCUACUCCUUCCAAAUCUGGGUUCCUCUGCUCAUAUUCCCCACCGCGGGGCCAUACGGCGCACCGAGAUGGCAGCACGGCUGGCCGGUGACCUUUGUGUUCUACUUCCUGCUGUGGGCUGGUUUCAUCACGGCCUUGCUGCUCCACAGACAGGGGGAGAAAAAGCGUCAGCAGAGGGACCUAGCCACUUCCCUGAGCGGCACUGAGGAUACGAGUAGGGAGGUGGUAUCUGUUGAAACACCAGUAAAUAACAAAGAGUAA